ACUGGCUUUAUAUUAUCGUGGGUAUUUUAUUUAACUUCGAACCUAGUCGAAGUGACACGUGAGGAAAGUAGUGGUGUAAGUGUUGCUGACCCCUUAAAGGUUUUUGCAUGCAAGUUAUAUUGAGGAGCUGCUGCAGUGAAUAUGGCGACUUCUGAUGUUAUAGCGAAUUACAAGCUCUCUCCGCCGAAUACAUAUGGAGCCGUGGUUCUUGGCGGCACCUUUGACCGCUUACACAACGGCCAUCGAUAUUUUCUCAAGGCCGCGACGGACUUGGCUAGGGAUCGAGUUGUGGUUGGAAUUUGCGACGGACCUAUGUUGGCCAACAAACAGUUUGCUGAGUUGAUACAACCCGUUGAGGAAAGGAUGAAUAAUGUUGAAAAUUACCUCAAGUCUAUCUCGCAGUCGCUUGAAGUGCAAGUUCAACCUAUUACGGACCCCUAUGGCCCUGCAAUAGUUGAUGAGAAUCUGGAGGCAAUUGUUGUCAGCAAGGAGACGCUAGACGGCGGACUGUCUGUUAAUAAGAAGAGAGCUGAGAAGGGCCUUCCGCAGCUUAAGAUUGAAGUUGUAGAUCUGUAUUCUGGAUCCGGCGGAGAUAGGCCGAGUUCAUCAUCGUUGAGGAAGCGUGAGGCGGAGAAGGCCAAGAACUACCAGCCAGCAUAAAACCAAGUUCUUAUUUCUAAAAAAAUAAAACUACUCAAGUCUAAUGUGUCACAUUAGAAGGCUUGAGGGUGGAAAAUGUAUUAAAUAAGAUGUAUAAAAGUGUAUCUGUGCAGAAAAUAUAUAGGUCGCACUUCUUCAAGAAGUUGUCUUUCUAGCAAUCUUGAGUUAUGAUCUCCACUUGAGGAAUUAAUAAAAUGCUUUCAGACGAA